AACAGCCAGGUGUUUGAUUUUUCAUGUGCAGCUGUUUUUCAAGCAGCUUUUUUGUAUUAGUUUUUAGUUUUCCACCGCUGCGUAACAUUGCGACGCACGCUUGUUGUUAGCUUGUCAAGCAUUCAUAAACAAAAGGCCAAAAAUAGAAGUGAAGCUCCAUUUCUGGCGCUAUUCAGCAGAUUCACGUCAAGACAGCGACAAUCCGGCAAAGAGGUACUCCGGCCAAACGACAACAACAAUGGAUAACAAGAGCGAGAAGGUUACGGUGAACAAGGAGGAGCUGCGCAAGCGCCUGACCCCGAUGCAAUAUCAGGUUACACAGGAGGCGGGCACGGAGCGACCCUUCACAGGUUGCUACAACAAACACUACGAGAAGGGAAUCUACCAGUGCAUCGUUUGCCACCAGGACUUGUUCAGCUCGGACACCAAAUACGACUCCGGAUGCGGAUGGCCGGCCUUCAAUGAUGUCCUCGACAAGGGCAAGGUCACAUUGCAUCGCGACGCCAGCAUACCAGGGGGCAAUAUUUUACUACUAAUCGCACAUCCAGAACGCAUACGCACCGAGGUCCGCUGUGCCCGCUGCAACGCUCACAUGGGCCACGUCUUCGAGGAUGGCCCAAAACCCACCCGCAAGCGCUACUGCAUCAAUUCCGCGUCCAUUGAGUUCGUGAGCGCCGAUCCGGCUACCUCCACCCCGCCCGUUGCCACGCCCACCUCGGCACCCAUUGCCCAGCAGUGAGUGGAAACCGUGGAGAACAACCUCCCACACCCCUUCCCAAGAUCAACCAAACAUCAGAACGGAAGAGCGGAAAAGCCGAAAACCUCAGUGUCUCGUUGCUGUUAAGAAUUUUUCUACGUGUACUUUCUAACUUUCCGCAAAAAUGUGGCCAAUUUUAGCUCGUAGUCAGUCAAAUCAGUCAAAUCAACUCCCUCUCCCCCUAAAUUAUACAUGUGUGCCCCUCUGUUGGUGUAAAUAGCUAAUGUUUUGCCUCUAAAUUUGUUUGUUAAUUUAUACAAAAUACCGAAUACCGAAUACUCUGUAACACAUUGAACACAUAACUAAUUUUAAACUGAGCGCGCUAAAUAAACGUGUGUUUUUUACAAUAA